CACGAGUGAGAGGAAGCUGGAGGGUCCCAGGGCCCAGCUCUCCAUGGAGAUAUCAGGCUGUGAGGCAGCCCUGCACAGUUCCCAGGACCAUGUGGCAGAGCUGGAGAGGCAGGUCCGGACACUGGAGCAGGAGAGGACACAGCACAAGGGGCUGCUGGAGAGUCUCAGGCAGCGGCAUCAGGAGGACUUGGAUCACCUCGAGUGCAGCUUCAGGAGCCAGAUGAAGGUGCAGGAGGAGACGUCCAGGCAGCGGGAGGAGAGGCUGCGCUGGGAGAAGGAGCAGCUGGAGGCUCAGCUCCUGUCGCAGAGGCAGGACGCGGUGAAGGAGCGGGCAGAGCACCAGGAGCACCUGGCUGCUCUGAGGCAGCAGCACAUGCUGGAGCUGGAGCGGGUGCAGGAGCUGCCGGGGGCAGACGGGGACAGGGCGUCCGUCGAGGAGAUGCGCCAGGACUAUGAAGAGCCACUCCGGCAGCUGAAGUGGCUGAAGGACCAGGAGGUCGAAGCGGUGACCAGCGCCAUGUCGUACACCAGGUCUCUGAAGGGCGUCACGGAGCAAGUGGAGAAGUUCUCUUGUGAGCUGCGUGACCUCAUGCUCGAGGCGAAGGCCAUGCAGCCGAGCGUCUCCCAGGAGCUGGUCACAGAGGCAUGGCAGCAGGACGGGCAGCUCAGGGAGCUCCAGGACAGGCUGUUGCAGCAGCAAAAGGGCAUGGAGGAGGAUUGGAGACAACUCCAGGAGGCAAUGGCUAAAAUGAAGGCCAGGCUGAGGGAGCAGACUCAGCUGCUAGAGCGGGAGCGCUGCAGGGUGACAAGGGAGCGAUCCAAAGCAGCAGCACUGCAGCACUCCCUGGAGCAGCAGCAUCGAGUCCUGAUCCACCAUCUCUCUGUGGUGCGAGCGGAGCUGGAGACGGCAAAGAGCGCACUGAUGGAGGAGCAGGAGUUGGUGCUGCAGACGUGCUUGGAGGCACAGCGGAAUUUGUCGGCCAAGCGGGCUGAGUGUCACACCAAGCAGCAGCUGAGCAAGGAGUGGAUGGAGCUCAAAACCUCCCCCAACACUGGAUCGGGACAGCGUGACGUGGAGGAAGCCCUGCAGAUGGACGCGGAGAGAGAGGCUACCGUCAGGAGCCUGGCCAAGGAGCAGGCAGAGCUGAAGAUCAGGGGCUGUAAGCUGAAAGCCAAAGAGGAGGAGGUGGCAAGGGACAGGGAGCUGCUGGAGGAGGCCUGGCGGGACCUGAGGCUGGAGAAGGAGAAGGUGAACUGGAUGGCACUGCGGGUCCAGCAGCAGCAGGAGGAGCUUCAAAGCAUGACUGAGCUCUUGUCACAGAGGUACGAGGAAGAGGAGCGAGCCUUCUGGGAGACACACAGGAGAAAGCUGGAGUGGCAGACCAGGCUGAGGGGCAUCCAGCGUCACGUGGAGCAGCUGAACCAGCAGGAACAGCAGCUGCACCAGGAGCAGCUGAACGUGGCUCACCGGAGGAGACGACUGGAACAGCUGGAACAUGAGGAGCUGUCGUCGCUGAGGGCACAGCAGGACCUCGGUGCCCCGAGGAGGGGCCUCUCCAGCACGUGGC